UUGUCAUCGUCAUGAUCUUAGACAAGGAAAGAGAGUCUCUUUUUUCCUUGUCUAAGGUCAUGAUCAUCUGUUGAUGAAUUUUUUGAGGUUAGGUUUGCACAGGGCACAGCACAGGAUAUAAUAUGCACAGGAUGUUUUGGGAUGUUUUUAGACAGCCAUAGAUGAGAGCACGAGCACAGUCACAGGUCACAGUGUAGAACAAGCACAGAAAACAAUGCUGUGUUUUUAGUUUGUUAUUAUUUAUCUUAUGUUAUGCUUCGGCUGUUUUGGCGCGUGGCGUAGAAUAAUAAUAUGGUUUUGGUGAUUUUUAACAAAGCAACACCAAAUAUACAUAUAAAAUUUCGAUUGUAAAUUUUUUGAUUUCAAUCCUUUUAAAAAUCGGUAAAAAAACCAUCAUUAUUUAAUUACCCAAGACUUUGUAUUAGCAAGAAAGUAUGGAUUCUAUCUACCCAUCUACUGCAACGAAUCCUAUUCAAUCGACUCUAAGAAGUUCUGAGGUUCUCCCAGGGGCUUGCCUUGUUUGCAGCAAAAUAUUUAAAAAUGUGCAAUUACGAAAUCGUCAUAUCAAAAGAAUACAUAAAUUAGAUGUGUCGAUUAAGAAAAUGAAUCAUAUUGUUUGUCCCUUAUGUGAGCAAGAAACUAAUUUAAAAAGUCAUGAGAACUUACGAAAACAUCUCGAGGAGAACCACCAGAUGAGUAUUGAACUAAUAACUUUGGAAUUUUCUAGUGAACAAGAAUAUGAGACAUGGAAAUAUAUGCAGAAAAUUGAGACAAGUUAUGCAAAGCAUAGAAUAGUUAACAGAGAGGAACAUAAGAUGUUAUACUAUGAGUGUAACAGAAGUGACGCAUAUGGAUAUAAGCCCAACUAUAAAGUUAGAACAGAAAAAUCUGGGGGAUCAAUUAGAAUUAAAGGAGUGUGUCCCUCCAGACUGGUUUGUAAACUGAGAAAUCAAGGACAAGUAUCUGUCAGUUAUUGGAAAACACAUGUUGGACAUAACGAAGAAUUAAGAACGAUGCAUCUCUCAAAAGCAGAAGAAAAAAUGAUUGUAGAGAAGGUAACAUCUGGAGUGCCACACAGCAGAAUUUUAGAAGAUUCAAGAAAAAUGGAAACACCAAAACUAGGAAGACUUCCCCUAUUAACAAGUAUCGAUCUCAGAAAUUUGUCCAGGAAGUAUAAUAUACACAAGAAACCAGACCAAAAUGAUAUGGUAGCAACAGACUUAAAGGUUAAGGAAUGGAAUGAUAACAAGAAUUAUGUUUUAUUACUCAAGAUGGAAGAUGAUGCUGCAAGCUGUUUGGGAGAAACUUCAAUUAUCAAAUUGGGGCAUGAGGAGGAAAUUAAUGACUUUGUCAGAGGGAAGUUAGAACAGAGAAAUGUGAUCCAGGAAGAAACCAAAGAAGAAGAAGAAAUCCUAAGACUUCAAAAGGAAGAGUUAAAAAAUUUCAUAGAUGAAUUAGACAACGAUAGUUUUACCAAAUUUAUGAGAAACAUUCAAGGAACAAUGUGCAAGAUGAAGGAAGAAUUGCAGGAAAAGGCGAGGAAUAUUACAAAAAAGCGCAAAAUGGAGAAGCAGUAUUUUGUAAGAAUAAAGAAAUUUAAAAAUUGCUCUUUAGUGUUUUAUUUGGUUUGCAAUAGUUAUUUUAAAGGCAGAAACGUAUUAGAGAGUUGCGGACGCGACAGUGGAACACUUGAGAUUCUCAUUAAAAAUUGAAUCAAGUCCUCGUCGCGUCUGCGGCUUUAGAAAAGCAUUUUUUUUAUUAAUCAUAGGGUAAAACUCCAUUAAAAGUGUAAUUAUAAAGUAAAUAAUAAUAAUAACUAGCAUCAACACAAUAAAAGUAGUAGGUACUCAUAAGAAGAUACAAUGCAAUAAUACAAACAAUCACAAUAUGUAACCUAAAAUAUAAAAUGUAACAAAUAUAACACUAAAUUUAACAAGACGUAUUAACAAUAAUGAAACAGACAUUUUUACAACAAUGAACAUCAUAAAGCCAGAGAUCUCUUCAGUUAAUCCAAUGAAAUAUGGAAAACAUCAACAUUACCGCUAUUCAAUAAUCCCAUAUUCGCGGUGUGCAAGUACUUGGAAGGGAAACGAGAAACGACCGUGCGCGAGUCGCGGAGAAUAUUUCAACUAUCUUAAAUAAUUCAUAUUGUCAAUUGAAAUUGUCAAAUUGACGUAUAUUUCAUACCUUCUGUCAUUGAA